UAUACUGGUAUCAGUAAAGGAAAAGUCAGAGUGAAAGACGCUGCUUUAGAAAUGGAAACAUUUCUGAUAUACUUCUUCAUUCUCGGGGCCGUCUCAGGUUUCACUGAAGGAGCUGGUGUGUUGCCUGAUGGUCUGAAUGCAGCUGUAGGAGAAACGGUGAUGUUCAAUACAACACUGACUCCAACAGAGAAACCGUUUCAAUCUGUGAACUGGAAUGUUAAUUUCUCUACAACUAUAAUAGUCGUGAUUAACUCAGAAGAAAGUAUUGGACCUGAGUAUGAAGGCAGGAUCACCUUCUUCACAUCUACUGCGUCUUUGGAGCUCAGGAGUCUCACUCUGGGUGACACUGGAGAAUACAGUGUUAACAUUGUACAAGAUGGAAAAAUCCAGCAUGGCCGUACUAUUCUGGUGAUAUACGAGAAAGUCUCCAAUGUGUCAGUAACUUCCAGCAGCACAGACUUGGUUGAGUUCAAUGGUUCUGUCUCUCUGUCCUGCUCUGCCUCUGGAUCCUCUCUCUCUUUCCUCUGGUUGAACGGCAGCUCUGAGGUUACAGCAAGUGACAGAGUUCAGCUCACUGAUGGAGGCUCCAGUCUGACUAUAAUCAAUGUGACCCGCUCUGACCAGGGACCAUUCAGGUGUCAUGUGUCCAAUCCUGUCAGUACUGGUACCAGUGAUCCAGUAAACCUCUCCAUCAGCUAUGGUCCAGAAAAUAUCAACUUGAUCUUAUCUCCAUCACAAGGAUACUUUGCUGUAGGGUCAGACAUCAGCCUCACCUGCUCAGUUGGAUCCAGACCUCCUGCCCAGUUUAAGUGGUUUCUGAAUGGAGAUCAGCUGCCUGAUCCUGGAUCAGAGCUCAGACUGAUGAAUGUUAACAUGAGUCAGAGUGGAAACUACAGCUGUCAGGCCUUUAACAGCAAAACUCUGAGAUCUCAAACAUCUCAGCCUUCAGACAUCACUGUGCUGGAGAAAAUAUCAGCUUCUUCUGUCAAACCAUCAACAAACCUGCCAAUUGAGGGAACCUCUGUCAGUUUAACCUGUGAGGCUUCUGGCUCAGUCUUUACAAGAAACUGGAUGAAGGAUGGUUCAGAUCUGACCCCGACUGACAACAUGAUCCUUUCUGACAAUAACAGAGUGUUGACCUUUAACACUGUGAACAGGAAAGACAAUGGAGAAUAUUUCUGUCAAAUCAGCAACCCUGUCAGCAGUGAUGGAGCUAAAUACGUCAUGACUGUUAAUUAUGGACCAGAAAAUGUUGAAAUCAAAGGUCCAAAUAAGAUAAAUAUCAAAGGCACCUUAAAACUGACCUGCUCUGCUGAAUCCACACCAACUGCCAGAUUCACCUGGUUCUUAAAUGGGACAGAGAUACUCACCAAUUCAGCUGAGUACAUUAAAGAAGAGGUUGAAUUUUCUGACAGUGGCAACUACACCUGUCAGGCAUGGAAUAAUAUAACUGAGAGAACAUCAUCAUCAGUGGUGCAUGGACUGACUGUAACAGAUCAACCAUCUGGAUGUGCUGCUGGUUGCAUCGCUGGAAUAGUAAUCGCAUGUUGUGUCAUCUUCGCUGCAGCAGUUGGUGGAGGGUACUACAUUUAUAAGAAAAAAUUCAACAAAAAUCCUCAGAAACAAAAUACAGAACAAGAAGAAAAUAUGUAUGAGAACAUUUCCAUUACAAGAAAAUAACAAAUAUAAACUCAGUGAUGACCUUCCCUUUUCAAGAGUGAUGUCCAACGUGUGGACUGAGGCCUCUUGUCAGGACUGCAGGUGUUCCGCAGUGAUAACAGAAAUUCAGUUUGAAAUGAUAAUAUUUACAGUUACAUAUCUAUUUAAAUUUAUUUAAAGCGUACUCUUGACUUUGGGAACGGCUCUACCUACAUGUUAUAAAAGGUGUCAAAUAAAAUCGGAAUCUGACACUUUUGUUUUAUACGCUGCAUCAUGCUACCCACAAGUGGAUUUUCUGUGGUUUUGAGGGCAGGAUGAUCAGUAAAGAUAUUGGGGAAAGCGGUAAAGUUGUAUUUUACUGAUUAUAAUAUUUAAUUGCCCCUGAGGUUCUACAGUAGUUUCUGCAAACUGUAAACCGCUUAGUUCAGAAUUGGAUGUUGCAGUUUUCAGUCUGUCUAAAUUUUAUAUUAGUGAUGUAAAUCAUGCUUCUGUUGUGUUUCAGUUUAUCUUUUUUUUCAAUAUGAAACUCCUUGAAUAACAGAAGCUUAGCCUAAUGUGGAAGUUCUUAAAACUUUGGCAGCAAAUUUUUACUGAACCCUUAAAUGUAUAAAACAAGAUGAUCGAUAGGAUUAUAAAAGCCACAGAAAUGAUUCAAAGAAGUGGGCUGAAGGUUUUAUAGCCACUGAUAAGGCCUUAUAGUGUGCAUAGGAUGAAAGUCCAACCAUAUAAAUCAGAGUCAGCCAAAUGGGUCAUUGUGUUCAACAACUCUCUGGCUACAUGUUGUUUUGCAUAUGUAAUGUUUGGAAGUUUUAGGGCGAUUCAUCAGUACUGGAGAAUUAUGGAUGUGUUAUUGGGAGUUUCUCACUUAACAGAAUGCAGUGCAUCACGUUUAUAGGAUUCUUUGUCUCAACCUCAAGAUACAGAGCUGAUUUAACACAGUCCUCCUUGUGUAGUUAAAUUGCUAAAUAGCUAAAUAAAAUGCUGUAGCAGAUUAGCUGUUGAUGUUGGGCUACAUGUUUUUUGGUGAUUUUUGAGAGGUCACUUUAAUAAUAUUUCACAGUGCUCCAACCUCUGACUGUAGCGCAUUGUGUUCUUCAUCCUGAUUGGCUGUCCAGUACAGAUUGUGUUCAGUUUGUCAAAUUUACAUAGAUCUUCAAUCACUGGGAUUGUGACUCUGAAGUGCUGUACUGUUUGUAAG